AUGGCGCGAUGUCCACUAGUUUGUAACUGCCCUGAAAACCUCACCUGCACUCUGGGAACGACCUUGGACACUUGUGACUGUGGAUGCAAUGUGUGCAUCCAGGAUAUCGACACUGAGUGUGAUGGAUUCCGACCCUGCGACACCCGGAAAAAUCUGACUUGUGACUAUCAAGGGGACUCUAUGAGCGAGCAAGGAGUGUGCAAAGAUACAGAAGAAGAUUUUACGCCGGUGUUGGACUCGCCUUCCUGUAAUCCUGCUACAGAGUGGACCCCCUGCUCCAAAACAUGUGGAUUUGGGAACUCCAUACGGAUAACGUAUGAGGAAGAGACCUGCAUUCCAAACGCUGAGAGGAGGCUGUGUAUGAUCAGACCCUGCAAAGGACAGUAUACCAGAGCCAAUUACACGGUCCUAAAGCCCACCAACGCCUGUAGCCGUGCGGUGCGCUGGUCCCAGCCUCUGCACCUUCGUUUCCGCGAUUGCCUUUCGCGCCACCCUCUGCUUCCCCGAUUCUGCGGUCACUGCUCUGAUGGGCGACUCUGCAGCCCCUCCGUCACCGAAACGCGCCCAGUGGCGUUUCAGUGCGCUCAACUUGACCGAAAAGUCAUCCGCCAAGUGAUGUGGGUGCGGCGGUGCACCUGCGGAGGGAAGAGAUCCAAAAAGGACAAAGGGAAGAAAAAAAUGGAGGAGAGAGCCAUGACGCUGGGAAAGGCGGAUACAGAUGAAAGUGAAGAGGCAGAUGAAGUAUAG